GAGAACCUGAUUGGUUAAUGACUGCCAUCAGCUCUGCAAGUAAAGAGCCUUCCAUGGUUCCUGGAACUGAUUGCCAUUAAGCCUAUUUCUGCCCACAGUGUAAAGAGGAGUACAUAAAUGCAGAACUGGAUCUCCAUGAUAAUGAGGAAGAGAAGGAAGAACCAUCACAAGCAAAUUCCAUGGUUUCGAAUGCAGUCCUUGCCGAUAGCGGUAGCUUUGUUGUCUCUUGUCAAUGUGUAGAACAGCAACAUACUUAUAUAAGCAAGGAAAAGGAGGAGGAUGAAGAGCAGAGGUCAGCUCCUUUGGAAGCAGUUCCUUCUGUCUUUGAUUGUUUUCCAGUAUCAAAACCAGCAGUGCAGUUCAAGAAAGCCAGAAUAGGCAAACUACCAUCAAAGGAGUCCUCAAAGAAAUGGAGAAAAUUUCCAUACUCUCCUCAGUGGGUUAGUAUGUUAGAUGUGGCUCAAAAAAUCUUGGAUGAAGAAGACAGAAUAAAAAAGAUACAGAAGGAGAAUAAGACAGAAGGAGAGGACACACAAGCAGAUGAGACUUUUGAGGAAGGGGAGAAAGAAAAUAAAGAAGAACCCUUGGCUGAAUUGGUUGAUGCAGGAGUAAUUCAGCCAACUACUGUGGAGGAUUUUCCACUCUUGCUGGAAGAGCCACCAUCUCCAGGGACACCACAACUAAGGGCAGAAACGGAGAUUUUAACAGCUCAUGAAAUAGAGGAUAUCAUCCAGGAAAUUGUGGCCAUCAGGGUUAAAGAGAAGCUCUCAGAAGAAGCCAUGCCAGUGGUCUGCCAAGAUAUGUCUUCUCUCAGUUCCCACAAGGCAUGUUAUCAUUGGGAGAGGAAGAUGCCUCAUUAACUGCUCACAAAUCAGUCAUGGAUUAGAAACUAAAAUGUGCACCACUGCUUUUGAAGUACCAUUAAAUAGCCAUCCCAGUUUCAAUCACAACACAAAAA